AUGUUUCGCUCGCGCUUUCCUAGGAUAGGGCGCUCUGUGCAGAAGAACUUCUUCAGAAGUAUUUCUCAGCAUGUACCGCCAUUGAAACAUGAUUUCACGAAUGGCAUUCCUGAAUUCAUUGGACCUCAAGCUUUCGAGCUUUCAUGGACUUCAUAUCAAAAACUCAUGGUGGACAAAUUGAGUGAUGCUAUAGCCGGAGUUCCCCAUCUCGAUGGAAAACAGCCCAAAGAAAUCGCUCUCAUGUGUGCGCGAGACCCAGACCAGGCGGCGACUUUCAACUAUGCUUCUAUGGCAUUCAACAACAACUUCUUUUUCAACUGCCUCCAACCCAAUCCCGCUAGCGAACCCAUCAUGUCAGAGAAACUCCGAGCCGCCAUCGAGAACUCCUUUUCCUCAAUCGAUGGGCUCAAAAGGGAAUUCGUCAUUACCGCUAGUAAAAUGUUUGGACCCGGAUUCGUCUGGUUAAUGAAGGAUAAAUUCGAUCGACUUUCCUUAAUGACUACAUACUUAGCGGGUUCGCCAUUUCCUGGUGCACAUCAUAGAAGACAACCAAAAGACAUGAACACCGAAAGCGAAAGUGUGACGGACUUUUACAGACAGAAAUUAGCGGCACCACCUGUAAACACAGUUGGAGCACAUGGACAUUUAAGCAAAGAGAGGAAACCACCGGGAGGAAUUGAAGUCACACCCAUUCUCUGUGUCAAUACAUGGGAACACGUAUGGAUUGCCGAUUACGGAAUGGGAACUGAUGAUGUAGGAGGAAAGAAGGUUUAUGUGGAGAAUUGGUGGAAUGUCAUCGAUUGGAGUGUUGUGGCGGAUCUUGCAGCUUUGUCUGGUAACUCGGCUUCAAAGCUUGAGAGGAAUUAG